GUCCAAAGGUAAAAAAGACCGCGAGCUGUGCUAUGAUGUUGAAUCCGAUCAAAUGAGCGGUAGACGGAGUCGGUGAGGAACAGAUCCAAUGGUCAGAGGCUAAGACCCAAAGAAAGGAUUUGUCUGGACAGCCAACGAGCGGGCGGAAUUGGCUGAAGUAAAUGUAAUGGACAAGUCCGCCGCUGUAUCCGGGAAAAGGUACAGCACUAGAGUGAAGCCACCAUUCGAUAUUGAGUUAUGCUUUGACGAGGCUGUUUCGCGAGGAGGACGAGCUGGCGGAGAGCAAAUCACAGAUGGAAGAGCUGCUGGGGCUGUUGUCGUGUGUCUGUGUCUAAUGUGUAUCAGCUUUCCCUUUCCUCACUUGCUAGGAGCUUUCUUACACCUCCGCGAGAGAGACCGGAAGGAGAGAGGGAGAAAAUCAAGCGGACAGGAAGGAGGAACACCCGACGGGAAAGAAGGGCAAGAAGCCAAAAAGUCUGAACCUUCUCAAACAAACUGGUGGCUGCUUUGCGGCAGGAGCAUAGAGCUCUUACAAGUUACAGGUGCUUUCCUUGCUGGAUAUCCUGUUCUAUCACCAAAUCGCACACUCCGUAGCUGCCAGUCCAUGCAAGCCAAACAAAACGCCGAAUAACCUUAAACGCGCAGGAGCGCAAGAACCAGCCCGGGAUUCAAGCUGACCUGAGGCAACCACCCACCCACCAUAAAUGACCACAGCCUUUGCGCCUGCCUUCCUUUCCGAAAUCAGAGUA